AUGGGACAGGGAGCCAGCACUCAGACUUUAAACCCGAACCCUGCCUACAUAACAGAGCGUAAUGACGUGAAUCACAAAGCUCCUCCAGUGAAGAACGGCCACACUGCUCCAGUGCCUGGAGAGCGCAGGUCAGACACAGGGUCAGAGGUCAAGGCACCAUCUUCACGGCCACAAGGAGAAGAACAGAGGAACAGCCUCGCACCUGAACCGGAGCGCCGCAACCGAGCUCCCUCCGACGUCAGUCGCAACCGUCAGCCGCUGGACGUGGACGCUCGGAUGCGGUUACCGCCUGAAACAGACCGACGCAGCCGACUGGAGUCAGACGUGGAGAGACCAGCAGGAUCGUUACCGAGAGAAAGACAAGGACAUGAGGAGGGGCGUUAUCGCCGGGAGGAAAGAGACGAGAAAGCGAGUAGGGACAGAGAACGGCGGGAUAGAAAAGACGACAGGGAAGGAAGAGGCGAACGCAGAGAUGACAGAGACAGACGAGACAGGAGGCCGGAUAAAGAAGACUGGCACGGAAAAGGUGAGCGAGAUGAGAGGAGGAAUGACAGAGAAAAGCGGGAAGAGAAAGACUGGAGAGAAAACAGGGACAGGAAACAGCCACGAGACCGGAAAGAGGAUCACGAAAGACGGGAUGAGCCAGAGAGAGUAGAUGAGCGAGAGCGAGAGCGAAAGGAGCAGAAUGAGAGGAGGGAAGACAGGGAAAGAAGAGAGGAACGGGAUAGACGCGAGGAGAGAGACCGAAAAGACGAGAGAGAAAGGAGAGACGUCAGGAGGCCAGAACCCGUGAAACAGGUGUCUGAUGGGAAACUCUUCCGGCCUCAGUCAGAACAGGACAUGCGGCCCAUUCUUCAGAAGAGCUCGUCUGACAUUGGACAGAAGGUCCGGCCUGUUUCAGAGGCCGUCCAGAGCAGCACACUGCCACGGCACACACCUGCAGAAGAGGAAACAAGGGCACGGACAGGAUCAGUGGGUGUGCGGUUUGUUCCUGAGCCCAAACCUGCACCAAGUGCCUCCAUUAAAGACUCCCAGCUGCCCCCUAAACAGGCCAUUCUCCCUCCCAAAUGGCUGAUGGCUUCUUCCUCCUCCUCCACUGAGACUGCUCCAGUCCCAUCCUCCUCCUCUUCGUCAUCAUCGUCAUCAUCCUCAUCCUCUGCUCCCCCCAUUGCUAAGCCUCCUCCUCGGACUGUGUCUUUAAAUGUAGACGACUCCUCCCGAAGUAAUCCCAUUCCUCCCAUAACAGCAGGAGACCGUGAAGCUCCGCCCAUUGUGUCUGCCCACUCGACUCCUCCCACUGUCCCUGCCCACUCUGCCCCGCCCACUGUUUCUGCCAACUCGACUCUGCCCAAUGUUCCCGCCCACUCUACCCAGCCCACUGUUUCUGCCCACUCGACUCCGCCCACAGUUCCUGCCCACUCUGCCCCGCCCACUGUUUCUGCCCACUCUGCCCUGCACACUGUUCCUGGCCACUCCAACCCUCCUGCCCCUACUGCCCCUAAACAGCCGCCAGUGCCCCCUCCCAAACCCGCCCAUCACAACAGCAACACUGCACUGCAAGCUUCGACGUUACAAAGAUAUUACAAAGCUCCACCUCCUCAGUACUGGACGAGCUGGAGACGGCAGGCAGAGUCUGGAGUCUAUCUCUCCCUGCCCACCUGCCUCAGCCAAAGGGGCGCUCCGCUCCGCCCAGUGGAUCCCUCCCAAGUCCCGAUCCCAGUCAAGCGAUCUCCUCCCAUUCCCCCAAAGAGGAUGACUCCUAUGACCAAGCGCCACUCAGACGACUCUUCGGCCAAUCACCCUGAGCCUCCGCCCCCAGGCCCCGCCUCCGUUCUGGGCCCAGCCCCAGCAGAGCCUGAGGAUGAUGAUUUUGACAUUGAAGAAGAGCUGCAGAAGCUGCGGCCCGCCCCUCGGCCCACACUCCAGCUGGAGCCGCGCAGCCGCCGCGGUCUGGUGGGAGACCCACGGGUCACUGUCAUUCCUGAGGACGCGGGGCAUGGGAACAGCGACGACGAGGAGAGCGAAGAGAGCGAUUCUGAUGGACCCAUCAAUUACAGAGAUGAUGAUGAAGAAGAUGACGAUGAGGAGGAUGUUCCCACAAGUGGGCUUGCGAGUCGUGUGAAGCGUAAGGAUACUCUGGCUCUAAAGCUGGAGCGUCAGCAGGAGAAAGAGCAGUCUCAGGACCAGGAGAGCAUCACCUGGAACAACAAAGAGCAGUGGGAUGCUGUCCGCAGCAAGAUCGGCACCACCCUCACAAGGAGGCUGAGUCAGAGACCCACCGCACAAGAGCUUGAGCAGAGAAACAUCCUACAAGCCAAGGAUGAAGCGGACCGACGGGCAGAAAGGAGUGAAAUCAAGCGCAGACUGACCAGAAAGUUGUCCCAGAGGCCUACGGUGGCUGAGCUGCAGGCCAGAAAGAUCCUGCGCUUUCAUGAGUAUGUGGAGAGCACUCACGCUCAAGACUACGACCGGCGCGCCGACAAACCCUGGACCAAACUCACACCUGCUGACAAGGCGGCCAUAAGAAAAGAGCUGAAUGAGUUUAAGAGCUCAGAAAUGGAAGUUCAUGAGGACAGCAGGGUAUACACCAGGUUCCAUCGGCCAUAAUCGGCGUCUCUAAAGAGGAAGCCCCAGAAGGAUAAAAGCUGCAGCUAAAAGCCUCCAACUCACUCCAGCAUCCUGUUUCCCAUGAUCCUCCAGCCUAUACUGACGAGUGCCGGGCCAGUCGCUCAGUGCUCUGGAGUCAAGAGGAGGAGGAGGAAGUGAUGCGGGAUGCUGGUACUUGAUACUAGAGACACUUCUGGGGAGCGGGUUUGGAGGGCCAGCACUCCGUAGAGUUCCCAUGAUUCCCACAGCGUGGUCUGGGGUGUUUUAAUCGUCUUUAUGGUACACACUUUUCUGUGAUCAAGAAUAUGCUCGUGUACCCAGCAAUAAUAUUUUUAUGGAAAUUAUGACACUGGAGAUAAACUGUUUUAGUGUUGAGCGAUUGUGAGAGACUGAGUGUGAGUGAGUGAGUGAGUGAGUGAGUGAUUAUGAUGAUGAUGAUGAUAUAUGCUGUCCACUUAUGCCUUAACACUGGUAAAUGAUUUUUUUAGACUGACCUUCGAGUAAUAAAGAAGAAAGUCUGUUGACACAGAUGUAUGUAACACUGUUUCUCACGCUGAACACACACUGACUGGUGUGUGGAUCUGAAAGCACAUCUUUGACAUUCUCAGGACGUCGGCACGCAGUCUCACUUUCUUUUGUGCAUUUUACUGAAAUUUACCAUACUUUGACUUUUUCACACAGAUAAAACACCUGCUUUAAUAUUUUCAUCUUUUUUAACAACAUAGCACUUCACUUUAGAUAUUUCAAGGUGAAUCCCACAAGAACACGCCAUAUUUUACCCAAAAAUCAUAAGAAUUCACUAGAUUUUAUUAUUAGAUAUUACUAGAUAUUA